CACUAUACAUCCAUGAUCUGACGUCCCAUUCAAAAUAAAAGCGGUCCGACUACGUUACCUCAAAUGCUAAAAGUACAGGCAUUUUAUGCUUGAGUUGGGAACUGAUUUCUACAAAUAAAAUGAAAACAAUCACUACUGUACAGGACCAAUAAGCUUCAGAAGAAGAACGAUUGUACAGUAUAUCUAACUGGGGACAGAAAACGUUUUAUUUCGAAAGAUUUAGACAGGAAAACAUCGCUUCCGUGACAUAAGGUCGAUCAGCGGCUUUGCCUCGUAAAAUUGCUAAUUUUGACAACGGAUAAGUUUGAGAUUAAGAUAUAACGCUAUCCAUGGGGGGUAAGAAUAAACAGCGCACUAAGGGAAAUGUUAGGCCGUCCAGUAGCGGCCGAGCUGCUGAGGUACUAACCCGGGAGAGUGGUGUCAUCCCGGCGUUUGUGGGCUUCGAUACCACGGUCACUUCAGAGCUGAGUUACGUCCCCGCUGUCCACGGAGUGGAGGAGAUAGACAACCAGGUGGAUGCCGACUUCCGACUGGUGCUCAGGAAAAUCUCGAAGAGGGAUGUUAUCACCAGACUGAAAGCUGUGCAGGAUUUUGGGUCCAUGUGUCAGGAACGAGACGCCGAAGAGGUUAAAAGGGUCCUACCUUAUUGGCCAAGGAUUUAUUGCAAGAUUUCAAUGGAUCAUGAUCGCCGCAUCAGAGAAGCCACCCAACAGGCCUUUGAGCAGCUAGUGCUAAAAGUGCGUCGCAGCUUGGCCCCCUUUCUGAAGAGCUUGAUGGGCCACUGGAUUCUGUCCCAGUGUGACACUUACACUCCUGCAGCCUGUGCUGCGUGCCAGGCCUUCCAGGCUGCCUUCUCACCCACCAAACAGCCGGAGGCUCUGAGCUUCUGCAAAGAUGAGAUCCUUGGCGUGCUUCAAGAUAUUUUGUUAAAGGAAACUGCAGACACACUGAGCGAUCCACAAAGUGUGACAGAGGAGGAGCGAGAAGCUAAGUAUGUGCGCAUGCUGACCAGUUCACUGCUGGGGGUGAAGAGACUGCUCUCCCUGCUACUCCAGAGUGACAGGGAGGCCCUGGAGCAAAGACUAGCACAGCUUGUUAACUCUGGGACGUUCUGGAAGUACAGCAAACACAAGACACCACAGGUGCGAGGGGCGUUUUUUGAGAUGGUGUGUGCUCUGUGCGAGUUCAUUCCACAACUCGUCCAGGCUGAAGCAGCACGACUCUGCCCUGCUGUUCUCCUCAGCAUUGACGACACAGAUCCUGUAGUGCUGCCUCCUGUAUGGGAAGCCGUUCUUCAUGUUGUGUCUACCAUCCCUGACUGUUGGACUCAUGUGAAUGCAAGGAAGGGCUUUUUACCUAAACUUUGGGCUUUACUAAAAGAGGGUGGCAAAGGCAUGGCUAAAGCGCUCCACCCUAAUCUCAUGCCACUCAUCAGCAAACUGCCCCAACAGGUCACUGAUCCGACCUUGGACUUCUACACCACCUUCUUUAAUUCAUUCAUACAAGGCCUGUCUAGUGAGCGUGCAGCAAUGAGUCCGUCGGAGAGUGCAGUCAUAGUGACUUGUGUUGUUGAGUGCUUGAGGUACUGCAUACUGCACAAUGCAGAAAAAGAGGAGGGUCAGAGAAAAAUAAGGACCAUGCUUAUUUCACAGCAGCUUCUCCCGCUCGUAGAGAAGGCUCUUGGAAAUCCCUCCCUUCAGAGUGGUCCACUAUUUCUUUUGGUCACCGAAAUGCUCAUUUCCUGGGAGAAGAGAGCAGGUUUACAUAAUGAGGGUGAAGAUAAUGAUGACAAGAAUGUCUUUCAAGAUCUUCUUGCAGACUUCUGGGAGGGCCUUGGUUUUCUCUUUGUGCGUUAUGUUGACAAUGAGGAAGCAGAUCCACAAGUUUUGGAAGGGGUAGCCAUCAUGCUGCAGGUGAUGCGUUACCCAGAGAGAGUAAACAGAAAACACCUCCCGAAGAAGAAAUCUGUCACGAUCUGUUUCUCCAAGUCAAACAAUGAGAAAAGCGAAGUUGAAGGGGACGGUGUUGAGAAGCCUGUCCCUGCGCUUCUGAAUGAGGCACUUGGGUCCCUACAGACCCAGCAUUUGGAGGACGUAGUGUGCCAACUGGCACAACUGUGUCUGGUGCAUGUGAAUGAGAACAACUCUGAGAGACAUUUUGUUUUCCUCUCCCUUCUCCUGCGCUCUUUCCACACACCCAGGGUCUUCGGUACAUUGGUCGAAUUGGAUGAUAAAAUACCAAUGGACGGUGAAAGCAAUGAGCGAGUGCUGGUGUGGCUGGCUGAGAAGGGACGCAGAGAGACUGAGCACCUGGUGGAGAUGGUCUUCAGCUCACUGUACUGCUGCAGCCAGCAGGAGACCACCUGCGUACUCGGCCACAUCACUGAGAUGGAUUUACAGUGGGGAAUUAUCCUACAGAUUAUACAGAGGGCAUGUGCAGAUUCUGAGACUCUGAAGAGCUGUAGUGACUGGCUGAAAGGUUCAGUUCUAGGCGAGCAGCUCCUGGGACUGACUGAGGAGCUGUGCAAGGUCAGACGCUGCUCUCCCACUUCUGCCUCUUCUACGAGCAGCCACGGUUGGACACUUCUCAGCCUUGUCCUUUCGCAACACCACAACAAUGAGCCUCUGAUAGGGGAGGUGUACAUGGAGAAGAUCUUAGAAAAGCUCCACAACACUCUGUCUGAGACAAAGAGUCUGUCAGAUGCAGGCGACAUGGAACCACUCAUUUCCUUCAUCUGUGAUGUAGCCUCAACAUUUUUUUCCUCUGUGCAAGACUGUCUCCUGCUGCUCUCUGCUGAGGAACUCUUGCUCACGGUUUUCCAACUCACCGCCCAAGAUCAAACACGCACUCAUCUGUCCGACUCACUUUUAGAUAAGCUGAGGAAAGUUUGUUUAGUUGGGGUCCAGUCAUUGAUCCAGCACUCUGAAUCUGAGGUCAAGGAAGGUGGCUUCCUGCACAGUGCAGCCAUUUGGGUGACCAACCAACUACUGACUGUAUCUCUGGACAUUAAAAGUUUACAGGUUCUAGUUCUGGCUGUACAGAGCCUGGUGGAGACAGUUAUCUCUGUCUGUGAUCGAGACUCCUCCCUCCUUGUGCAGUUGUUUACCCUGCUGACACCUAGCCAGACAGAAUGGAUAAGAAUCAGACAGGCCUUACCUCCUCAGUGGAUCAAUACCCCCUUACUGUCCGGCCGCCACCGAGGAGUGUGUGAAAAACCCUCUGUGGAUCUCUGGAAGUUUAGGCUCUCAACCAGGCUUCCAGCCCACCUGUGUGCCUGUGCACUGUUAGGAAGGGUUGCACAGACUGCAUUAAUCCCUCUUGACCAAAAGGAGGCAGAAUGUCUUUCACACCUGCUUUCAGAACUACUGUAUGCAGUGCAGUGGUGUAGGGAGGUAGAGUACAGUCCCUCUAUAGUGUCAGCCUAUCACGGCCUGCUGACUGACUGGGGGCUGUCAGGACUCCACAGCCAGGUUCCAGAGAGUGUCCUGCUGGAGAGACUCUACACAAGGUCAGUGGAGGAGGGAGGUCUGUGGUCUCUGACUCUAGAAGGCUACAUCCACACCAGGAGCAUGACAGACACUAACAGUGAGUCCGUGAGGAAGCUUUACAGCAGUGUAGACAGUUUGUUCCCAGUGUCUCAAAGCAAACUCAGUACACUGCAGGCGCUCUGUCCCAGUAUGACCAAAGAAGACAGGGAGACGCUUGUAGCCCUGGCUACUGCAGGAAUUAUCAACUGGCAAGAAGAUGACAAUGUGUACGGGUGUCUGGCAGUGCUGAUGUGCUGCCUAAAAGCCAACACACAAGUAGACGAGGAGGUUGUGCAGGCUAUCCUGGCCACAGUGAUGGAGUGGAGGAACAGCAAGGAGGACUGGUUCCUCUUUAGCAGUGACAUGUCUAAAUCAACUACAGAGCAGUUGACUCUUACUGUCGAGAUGAUGCGUUUCCUGGCCUGGCUGGUGACUUGUUGUCCAACAGUUCUCCAUAGCAGCCAGUGGGACUUCCUGCUCUGCUCUAUGUUAGCCUGGUUGGAGACCGCUAGUGAGAACGUGAGCAGUCUGUGGAACCCCUGGGUCCAGCUGUUUGUGUGUGAGAAUGCGGCAUUGAUAGUGAAGCUGAACCAGUUCUUCACAUCGUCCUCGCCUGAUAUUCUGGAGAAGCUGCCCUCUGAACUGAAGGGUGAAUGGACAGACUUUUUUGUAGAAGGAAUCUACAACCUGCUUUUGCCUCUGCCUAUCAAAAUUACAGAUGCCUUUACUGAACCAGACGACCCUGUGUUCCCGUUGGCGGUGCUGCAGUCAGUCGGCGUGGCUCUGACAUACGUGCCUGUGUGGCAGCUUAACCAGAACUCCCUGCCACCAAAGUUCAUAGCGGACCAGAAGACGAACCUGCCAGGGCCCCUCCAGACGCUCCUCAACACUUUCUGUCCUCUGCUGCUGUUUAAGGCCAGGCCUCUGCAGAUCACUGUCUAUCACCUUUUAGAAAAGGUCAUGCCCCAGCUGCCUGAGUGUGAUGGAGAAGGAGACAAGUCUGAUGAUGACAGUGAUGAACCAUGUCUUUCUCCUCCGGCCUCUCUGAUGGCUAUCCUGUCAACCUGUGAGGAGCUCUGUGAUAGCAUCCUGGCUGGGGUUCAAGUAGGAGAGUUUGCAGUGGUCCAGUCGCUCAGUGUGGAGUACUCCUGCAUCCUGGGCUACCUGCUGGCCUGGAAGCUGCUCCUCACGUUUUUCAAAUCCUCACCCUCCCAUCUGCGUGCCCAUUAUGCCCAGUACCUUAAGAGAAGCUGCUCCCUUAACAAGCUCCUCCUCCACCUCUUCAAACUGAUGCCUGAGAACCCUUUCUAUCCAGGGCAGGGGCCAGAGACAAAGGACACUAAAACCUUCUUUACAGAGAGCCUGUCUCUGGUUGUUGACAAAAGUGAUGCUGUUGAAUGGGAACUCCCUCACCUGGCUUGCACUGUGUACUACAGCACAGUGCAGGACCUGCCUGCCAUGGUGCGGCUGUGGUGGAACAGCCAGGAGAAAAGAGUGAGCGCAGCUGUGGAGAAGUUCACCAUUAAGUAUGUCAGUCCUGUUCUCUCAGCCCAGGAGAUUUCAUCGGUCCACUCCAGCACUCAGAUGUUUGACAGCAUGACUGUGAAGGCCCGCUCAGCAGCACGUGAGGUGAUUGCUACCUAUUCUGUGGACGAUAUCUUCAUCGAGUUAGUUAUCCAGCUGCCACAGAACUACCCUCUAGGCUCUAUCACAGUGGACAGUGGGAGGCGUGUGGGUGUUGCCGUACAGCAGUGGAGGAACUGGAUGUUGCAACUGAGCACAUACCUCACACAUCAGAAUGGCAGUAUAAUGGAGGGCCUGGCUCUGUGGAAGAACAACGUGGAUAAACGUUUUGAGGGAAUAGAGGACUGUAUGAUCUGCUUCUCUGUUAUCCAUGGCUCCAACUACUCCCUGCCCAAGAAGGCUUGCCGCACCUGUAAAAAGAAAUUCCACUCAGCGUGUUUGUACAAAUGGUUCACUUCUAGCAACAAGUCCACCUGUCCGCUGUGCAGAGAAACCUUCUUCUAACUGUUGAUCAUAGCUGAAAGGCUCAUAGUCAGUCAGCCAGGACUGGAACAGUUGUGAUUACAUGCAAGUUAUUAAGAAAGUCAUCUACACUCAGUUGGUAGUUUAUUAGACACACCCAGCUAAAACUAAGCCGGGUUAACACAACAGACCUUCAGUAAGUGUCUGAGAGGCGUUAAUUCAGCUGUAUGAUGUCGCUAUUACUUUGUCCACUGCAUUUAUGUUAAUGAGGUCAGGCUAAAUAACAAAUACUUCUCUGUAUAAUGCAGAUUUUCAUGACAUCAAAAUGUGGAUGGAUAUUCUGUCUCUGAAGUGGCAGACACUGUUUGGUCGUGAAAACCUAGUUUCAUGUGUUCAGUGGAAGUCUGAACUCAAGUACAGUAAGAUCAGUGAUAAUUAUGUUGUGGUGACUUCAGUAGUGUGGGUUUCUGUUCCUUUAUAGCAGUGCUUUUCUGUACUGUAAAUAUGCAGCUUCAGUAACCCCCCUGCUGAUGUUUUAUUAAUAGUUUUUUUAAAAUAAGUUUUGUUGACUUAAUUUUUUAUCUCUAGCAAUGACAGGCGCGUUGAAGAAGAUGAAUCACUGGACAUAAGCACUUGUUUAAAUGUUUACUUUCAAAAACUAAAGAAAGGAUCAUCUAAGUAAUGCAGUGUCCACAACAGGUUUCAUAAAUAUUUCCUAAUAUUUAGGAGUAUAAAGAGAUUAUGUCUGAUUAGUGACAUGCCUUAUACCAUUAUGACAUUGGGGUGGGUGUCACCUGUGAUGUUAAUGAUGCUGGAACUAAAUAAAAUACAGUUGAAUGGAUGUUAA